AUGAAAAGAGCAAUGGAUGGCAAUGGAAAUCAGGCGAAAAAGGCGAAAGAUACCGAUUUGUUCGGUCGUCCACUGAAGAAAAACGGGUCAUGGGAGUCGAAAGACAACGGCGAUUUGAUGAUUUUCACACAUGACGAGUGUGAGGGAAGAGCCAAAAUCGCUGCUUUCGAUAUGGACGGAACCCUAAUCAAAACAAAGUCGGGCAAAGUGUUUCCAAUCGAUUGUCGUGAUUGGCAAUUGCUAUUCGAAUCGAUUCCAUCGGAACUCAAAAAAUUGAGUUCCGACGGAUGGAAAAUUGUGAUUUUCACCAAUCAAAAGGGCAUUCAAGUGGCGAAAGUCGAUCGAAACGAAUUUAAGAAGAAAAUCGAGGCGAUUGUGGCGAAAUUGGGUGUUCCAGUUCAGGCAUUCGUGUCGGUCGCCGGGGGACGUUAUAGAAAACCAUGCAUUGGAAUGUGGGAGGAGCUUAAGCUGAGAAAUGACGGUGUGGAAAUUCAAGAGGCAGAGAGUGUGUUUGUUGGAGAUGCGGCUGGGAGGCAUAAGACUACGAUUCGCUCCAAAAAAGACCACUCAUUCGCGGAUCGUUUCUUUGCCGCCAACGUGGGCGUUCCAUUCAAAACGCCCGAGGAAUUUUUCGGAAAAUCGAAAUCCGAAGAGCCGUGGGGACCGCCGGUGUUCGAUCCGAAGCAUCUGUUCAAGGACGGAAUUCAGUUGUUGGAGCCAGAAGAUGCCCCACUGAAGUCUGAAAAACCCGAGAUCAUUGUGAUGGUCGGAUUUCCGGGAUCCGGAAAAUCCACGAUUGCCAAGUGGCUCGCCGAGCAGAAUGGAUAUAAGAUCAUCAAUCGGGACACACUGGGAACCUGGCAAAAAUGCGUCGCCACAGCUCGUUCUCAUCUGAAAAACGGAGAUUCACUGAUAAUUGAUAACACAUCACCUGAUAAGGAAUCCCGUCAACGAUAUGUGGACGUCGCCAAGGAACUUGGAAUCGGAUGUCGUUGUUUUGUGAUGAAUUGUGAUAUGGAACAGGCACAGCACAAUAUCAGAUUCCGAGUUUUGACUGAUAACACCGCUGCUGAUAUCUCAUCAAUGGUUCUGAGAAUUCACAAGGGAAAAUAUGUGGAGCCGACGGUUGAGGAGGGAUUUCAACAAGUUGUCCGUGUCAACUUCCAGCCGAAAUUCCAAAUUGAAGAACAUGAGAAAUUGUAUAAGAUGUACUUGAUUGAUUGA